AUGACGCUACAGAAUGACUUGCCACGACGCUUCGUCAAGCACGUCGUUCGUCGUAGCGCCCUCGUCGCCAGACAGGCCGUCAGCGCCGCCCCAUCCGCUACAAGCAGCGCUCAAAAUGACCAUCAUAAGAUCGCCAGGACACAAACUUCGAGUCUCGAAGCGCCAGUCGUUGCCAUCCUGCUCGGUGGCUUUCUUGGCACCUUCUUCCUCUUUGUCCUGAUCGGUGUCACCUGCAAGUACGUCAACCGUCCGCGCACCGACGCUCGACGACAACCUGCUGCCAGGGCCAUGUACCAACCAUCAGCCGCAGGAUACGGAUCUGCAGCUGCGGGCACCAACCCCAAUGCCGCCUUCCGGCCCAACGAGUCGAUGCACGACCUUUCCAGCCCGAAUGCGGGUCUGCUCACCUCUGCGCAGCCCAUGGGACGCGGAGGUCGCUACGAGGAGGCUGCGGACGACUCGCUCAGCUCCAAUGGCAUGGGCCAUGAUCGCGUCGCGCCUGGUGUCAAUGGUGGGUACGGAAUGAUGCCCAGCCACAGCGCCAGCAGCUUCAGCGGAGACGAGUCGCAACGAUUCGGUGGACCUCGUCGCGGCCAUGCUCGAGGAGCCAGCAGCGGCAUCGAACUUCCGGGCCCAACAGCAUCAGCCACCUUCCGACGCAACGUCAGUGGAUCUCAUCCUCCCGUGCACUCGAACGCGGACGAUUCCUACGAUUCACCGCGCUUGACCAAUGGCUUCACUUCGGCAUCGGUCGCGCCAGAUGGAUCGGGCUUCACGCCAGGCGCGCUCUUUGACCAUGGUGCCUACAACGGCGCCCCAUCCAAGAGCCCCAAUGACCAGCGCGACCAUCGCACCAGCUACCUCGAUGGUCCCCCCGCUGGCGUGCUCCCCCGACGAGCAAGCUUGAACCCACCACCGAACAACAACCCCCAGCAGCGACCCUAUCUGCGCGGGCCACCGCCCGCGAGUUCCAACAACCGUCGAUCGCGGUACCAUCAGAACCAGUCUUCUGGAGACCUGUCGGGGAUGCGACGCAGCAGGAUCGACAGUGUUGGACCAGGGACCUAUCGCAAGUCCAUGUUCAUGUCGCAGGACGGCUCGUACGACCACCAGAACGGGUCACAGAUUCGUCGAAACACGUCCAAGAACAACGGACCCAAGUCAUUGCGUCGUGUCGAGAGCAUCGGCAAGGGCGAUCCGCGAAGGUCGAGUCGCUUCACGCCCAACAACCGAACCAACCGACCUGCGACCAUCGUGGCCGAGGAGCUAACCCUGCCUCCCUCCAUCACCCAAAGUGGAUACCGAGAUGGGCUGCCAGCGUCGAGCGGCGAUGCUUUGUUGUCGGUUGGAGUACAGGACGGCAGGCGCUCGCCUUACAGCGGUAGCUCGAAUGGUUCUUCGAGUCCACUCGGACCCCUUGGACCCAAUGAUCCCAUGCUUCCCUUGCAGCAGCAACAGCAGCAGCAGCAGUAUAUGGCGCCACCACCCGGUGGGCCUAGAAUGAUGCCAUACGGUGCUGGCUUUGGAGCUUCCAUGCCGCGACCAGGGAUGCCAAUGUCUUCACAAGGCUCGUUUGCGCCCGCCGCUCCAUUGGGUGCUGGGCUUGGAAGGGGGAUGGAAGCGCCUGGACAUGCCGCUUCGAGGCAGAUUUUGUAG